AUGGCGACUUUGGCUUUCGCCUUGGCCAGAGUUGGGCUGCGGAAGGGGCCGUUGCUGGGAGGAUGGCGGCAGCGACUCUUGGCGGCAGCUCAUACGAGGCAAGUUUCAGCAGAAACCAGCUCUGCAGAACAGAAAUAUCCAGGGAUUAUUGAAUCUACUAAUGAAUAUAGGUUUGUGGAGAGACUUAUACCUCCCUCCCGAGCACCAGUACCCCCAAAACAUGACAGUCAUCCCACCCCUUCUGGAUGGAGCCCACCUCAAGACCCACUUCCUGACCUUUCUUAUUUUGUAAGGAGGUCUCGAAUGCACAAUAUCCCAGUUUACACAGAUACUACCUUCAGAGGGUACAGGAAGAUGACGGUCAUCAGAAAGAUUGAAGGCAAUAUUUGGGCCCUUGAAAAUGAAGUGAAGGAACUCAUCACACAGCAGUCACCCAAGUGA